AUGACGCCCCGGCGCAGCGUCUCCAAUCCCGACUCCUUUACAGAUCUGAACCGCCUGCUGGCCCGACUCCAACAAAGUAUCCUGCAUGCCGACGCCGAGAGGGAACACCGGCUGCGCACGAGCGAGUACGAGAGGAAUAAGGCGAGCAUAAACCUAGAAUACGCACGCACGCUUCUCACCAGGCUCGAACAAGAUGCCCUGAGCAUCAAGAUCCACACUAGAAGACAGGAGACACAGGCAGACUUGAACAGGAAGCGCUACAUUUUUGACCAAAUUACGGAGCGACUGGCAGAGCUGGAGGAGACCAGCAUAGACAGCGAUGACGACGACGAUUCCGAUGGCGAGGACAUUCUGGGCACAAUACAGACGCCGAGCGACAGCUUGGACUCGACCAACUCUGACCAACCGAUACAGGCAUGGACCGACGCGGAAGAAGAGGAAAUAGAAGAGGAUGAACAAGACGCCGAGGGAGAGAGCUACGCCGACGAGAGCACGAUAGUACCCGAGUCGAGACGCCACAUCCCGGCACCGCAAACAGAGGCAGUAACUCGAGGACCCGAACCACCAAAGCAGGAGCCGUCAGUCACAUUGUCAGCAAGUCAACCAGGCACAUCGACCCAGCAGAGCUUGCGAUCCCGCGGUGCGCCCGCCCCGCUGCAAAACGAUUCGGCCGAGACAACAGCCCGAUCCCAGCUCUUUGGUAACAAGCACUCGUCGCCGACAACGGCGCUGAGCACCAGCGCCACUACCGAGGCCAUUCUGGAUCACCAGCGGGCCGAGCAAGACAAGCUCACCGAGUCUCUGCUGUCGAUGGCGCGGACGCUCAAGACGCAGUCUCAUGCCUUCCAGAGCGACCUGGAGCAAGAAAAGGACGUCCUGUCUGCAGCUGGUGCGGGCAUGGAAAAGGGCGAGCGCGGAAUGGAUGCGGCAAGCAGGAGAAUGGGCACACUGAGGAAGAUGACCGAGGGCAAGGGCUGGUGGGGACGAAUGAUGCUGUAUGCCUGGAUCUUUGGACUAAUGGUCAUAGCCAUCUUGAUCGUUGGAGUCAUGCCCAAGUUGAGGUUUUAA